AAGUAGUGAGAAGGAAUUUAUUUUACGUUGCAGUCUUCUUAUGGUUGAAUAGCUUAUACAAUCAACUCCACAUAAUUCGAUACCAAUAUCGAUUACAAUGAAAUUUGUAUUAUUAUUUGUAAUUGGUUGUUUAAUGCUUAAUUUAAUUGAAUGUAACCCAGUAGAAUUAGUGUCUCUAACAAAUAAAAGAGAUGACUCUGGUCAAUUCUUAUCACGUUAUAAAUUGGAUGAUGGUACUGGAGAAGAGAAGAUGGGUAAACUAUUAUCAAAUAAUGGAGAGGAUGCUAUUCUCGUUCAACGAGGUUCAUAUACUACAAAUGUCGAUGGGCGACUUAUAACAUACAAUUGGAUAGCAGACACAAGAGGUUUCAGGAUCUCAAAAGUCUAAUAAACAAUAAAUACAAUUUUAUAAUUUUUUAAUACAGUAUUAAUUAUACUUGUAUAAUUACCUUAAAAUUAAA